CAUCACAGUGGAGCGCCUGGUUUGGACAUCCUCAUCUGGGUCAACUAAAAAAAGAAAGCAUGCAAGACGACAGCCUAGAAGCUUCUACUUCCAUAUCUCAGCUUCUAAGAGAGAGCUAUUUAGCUGAAACUAGACAUCAGGGAAAUAAUGAGAGGAGUCGAGCAGAGCCUUCCCCCAACCCUUUCCACUUUGGCAGUCCUUCUGGAGCUGCUGAAGGUGGAGGAGGCCAUGAUGACCUUCCAGACCUUUCAGCUUUUCUGAGCCAAGAAGAAUUGGAUGAAAGUGUCAAUCUGGCAAGACUGGCAAUCAGUUAUGACUCUUUGGAGAGAGCAGAUGAAGCUCAAGCUAGAAAACGUUUUUCUUCUGACCAGAUGAAACACUCACCUAAAUCAAGUUUUGACCCUAACUUCUGCCAGGAUAACUCUCAAAGUUCUACCAACUCUAAAGAAAGCCUCCAGGAGGCAAAACGGCCACAGUAUACUUCUGAAACCCAGUCCAAAAAAGUUUUCUUAAAUAAGGCUGCCGACUUCAUUGAAGAGCUGUCAUCCCUUUUCAAAGCCCAUAGCUCCAAAAAGAUUAGACCUCGUGCCUGCAAAAACCACAAGAGUAAACUGGAAUCUCAAAACAAAGUUAUGCAGGAAAACAGCGCCAGUUUCUCAGAGCUAUCAGAAAGAAGAGAAAGGUCUUCUGUUCCCAUCCCUAUCCCUACGGAUACCAGGGAUAAUGAAGUGAAUCAUGCCCUUGAACAGCAGGAAGCCAAGAGGCGCGAGGCUGAGCAGGCUGCCAGUGAGGCAGCCGGUGGAGACACCUCGCCAGGGUCUUCUCCUUCAUCUCUGUACUACGAAGAACCUCUGGGGCAACCUCCCCGGUUCACUCAAAAGUUACGAAGCAGAGAAGUUCCAGAAGGAACCAGAGUACAGUUGGAUUGCAUAGUGGUAGGAAUUCCACCACCUCAAGUAAGGUGGUACUGUGAAGGCAAGGAGCUUGAAAAUUCCCCAGACAUUCAUAUUGUCCAGGCAGGAAAUCUGCACUCACUGACCAUUGCUGAAGCCUUUGAAGAGGACACAGGACGCUAUUCCUGCUUUGCUUCUAACAUCUAUGGGACAGAUUCAACUUCUGCUGAGAUUUACAUAGAAGGGGUUUCUUCUUCUGACUCAGAAGGGGACCCUAAUAAGGACGAGAUGAAUCGAAUCCAGAAGCCAAAAGAGGUGUCAUCCCCUCCCACUACUUCUGCAGCCAUUCCUUCAGCAGCACCCCAAGCCCAGCAUGUGGUGGCCCAUCCCAGUGUGUCAACCAUCCAGCAGAGUCAGAGCCCUACCAACUAUCUGCAAGGAUUGGAUGGAAAACCUAUCAUUGCAGCUCCUGUGUUUACAAAGAUGUUACAGAAUUUAUCAGCCUCUGAGGGUCAGCUGGUUGUCUUUGAAUGCAGAGUAAAAGGAGCUCCAUCUCCUAAAGUUGAGUGGUAUAGAGAAGGGACCUUGAUAGAAGAUUCCCCAGAUUUUAGAAUUUUACAGAAAAAACCUCGGUCCAUGGCAGAGCCAGAAGAGAUUUGUACUUUGGUCAUUGCGGAGGUAUUUGCAGAAGAUUCUGGGUGCUUCACAUGUACUGCAAGCAACAAAUAUGGCACCGUGUCAAGCAUUGCACAGCUCGAUGUAAGAGGAAAUGAAGACCUCAGAAAUAAUGGAUCUCUUCACUCAGCCAACUCCACCACCAACCUAGCUAUUACUGAGCAACAGCCAACCCCACCGAACCCAGAGCCUCCUUCUAUGGAACCCCCUAAACCCAAACUGGAAGGGGUUCUGGUAAACCACAACGAGCCCCGGUCCAGCUCAAGGAUUGGGCUCCGUGUGCACUUCAAUCUGCCUGAAGAUGACAAAGGAAGUGAAGCAUCCUCUGAGGGUGGAAUGGUGACCACCAACCAGACCAGGCCUGAUUCUUUCCUGGAGAGAUUCAAUGGACAGUCAGCAAAAAUCCCUGAGCCUUCCUCACCCAUCAAAGAGCCACCUCCAGUUCUGGCCAAACCCAAACUUGACUCCAGCCAGCUACAACAGCUUCACCACCAAGUCUUACUGGAACAACAGCAGCUGCACAACCCAUCUCCUUCAUCUCCUAAGGAGUUUCCUUUCAACAUGAGUGUUUUGAACUCAACUGCUGCCCCAGCAGUGGCAAUGUCUAGCAAGCAAGUGAAGGCCCCUUCAUCACAGACAUUCAGCUUGGCCCGGCCAAAGCAUUUCUUCCCCUCCACGAGUACCACUGCAGCAACUGUGUCCCCUUCCAGCUCGCCAGUGUUCACCCUGAGCAACACUCCUCAAGCCAUGCAGAGGACAAUGAGCAAAGAAAGUCUCUUAAUUUCUCAUCCCUCUGCACAAACCAAAUCUCUAGGAGGGGUUUCCAUCCAAAAUGAGCCACCCCCUCCAGGUCCCAUAGAGCCAGCACAACCACCACUCACAUUUUCCAUCUCCAGCGGAAACCAGUUUCAGCCCCGCUGUGUGUCUCCAACUCCUGUCUCUCCCACCGGCCGGAUUCAGAACCCAGUGGCUUUCCUCAGCUCCGUUCUGCCUUCUCUCCCUGCCAUCCCACCCACCAAUGCCAUGGGGCUGCCGAGAAGUGCACCAUCUGUGCCAUCCCAGGGACUAAUGAAGAAAAAUACAAAGUCUUCCCAACCAGUAAAUGAUGAUUACAUUCGUGAAACUAAGAAUGCAGUGAUUCUAGAUUUGGGGAAAAAGAUGAAUUUCAGCGAUGUCAGAUCAAACCAGCAGGAGUACAAAAUUUCAAGCUUUGAGCAGAGGCUGAUGAAUGAAAUAGAGUUUCGCUUGGAACGUACCCCUGUUGAUGAAUCAGACGAUGAAAUCCAACAUGACGAGAUCCCCACGGGCAAGUGUAUUGCUCCCAUCUUUGACAAAAGACUCAAGCACUUCCGGGUUACAGAAGGCUCUCCAGUCACAUUCACCUGCAAAAUUGUUGGGAUACCUGUUCCAAAGGUUUACUGGUUCAAAGAUGGAAAGCAGAUUUCAAAGAGAAAUGAGCGCUGCAAAAUGAGGCGAGAAGGAGAUGGGACAUGUUCUCUGCACAUCGACGCCACAACCAGUGAUGAUGAUGGCAACUACACCAUCAUGGCUGCCAACCCCCAGGGGAGAAUCAGCUGUUCUGGCCACUUGAUGGUACAAGGUUUGCCCAUUCGCAGUCGACUAACAGCUGCUGGUCCGUCUCACAGAGGAAGGUCCCGAGUGCAAGAAAGAGACAAAGAGCCCCUCCAGGAACGCUUUUUCCGACCACACUUCCUGCAGGCUCCUGGGGAUAUGGUAGCUCACGAGGGGCGCCUCUGUCGCCUGGAUUGUAAGGUGAGUGGCUUACCGCCCCCGGAGCUGACGUGGCUGCUCAAUGGCCAGCCUGUGCUGCCAGACGCCUCCCACAAGAUGCUGGUCAGGGAGACCGGAGUCCACUCUCUGCUCAUUGACCCACUCACUCAACGUGAUGCGGGGACCUACACCUGCGUUGCUACCAACAAAACCGGGCAGAAUUCCUUUAGUCUGGAGCUCACUGUAGUAGCCAAAGAAGUGAAGAAAGCGCCUGUGAUCCUGGAGAAACUGCAGAACAGUGGAGUUCCCGAAGGCCACCCAGUGAGACUGGAGUGCAGGGUGAUAGGCAUGCCUCCGCCCGUGUUCUACUGGAAGAAGGACAACGAGACCAUCCCUUUCACCAGAGAGAGGAUCAGCAUGCACCAGGACACAACUGGGUAUGUCUGCCUCCUUAUUCAGCCAGCAAAGAAAUCAGAUGCUGGAUGGUACACAUUGUCAGCCAAGAAUGAAGCCGGCAUCGUGUCGUGCACUGCCAGGUUGGAUAUAUAUGCUCAGUGGCACCACCAGAUCCCACCCCCCAUGUCCCUCCGGCCCAGUGGCAGUCGCUACGGAUCUCUCACCAGUAAAGGACUUGACAUCUUCUCUGCUUUCUCCUCCAUGGAAAGCACAAUGGUGUAUUCAUGCUCUUCUCGGAGUGUAGUGGAGAGUGAUGAACUUUAAAAAUGUCUGGGUGCCUGCUGUGCAAGGGGGCGGACUGUGGAGGGGGAAGGAGGACGAGCCAGGUACCAUAGUUUCCAAGCAGCUGGAUUUGAGUACGUUCCCACACUGCUGGACCUGUGGCAAGGAGUGCUUUGCGUAAGUCAGCUGGGGACUCUUGCAGUCUCAGCAGGAGGAGAGAUGUAGGGCUGUGCCUUUUAAAGAUUCCAACAAAAAUGUGAGAAGACGAUAUAGAUGAACCAAAUGUCAUGCAGGUGACAUCGACUGCUUUGGGGAAAAGCUAGCAUGCUCCCCUGCCCCCUGCUGUGUUAGGGGUGUUUAGGCCACACUAGGAGCAAUUAGGGGCCAGGUGCUUGGGUUGAGAGGAGUUAGAUAGUAAUGACCUUAGGUAUCACUAACUCACCAAACAGUGCAAAGGAAAAUGCAGGGUGGGGAGUAGAGGAGGUCUCCAUCACAUUUCACUGAUGAUUACAGCCAUAGCAAUAGUCUUGGUAGAUUCAUUAAAUCAGCUUCUACUUAGCACUAGGAGAGCAUGCCAUAAACUCACGUAUGUGGAGAAGCACUUUUGAUUUGCUAAUCCUGGGUGUACUGAGCCACAUAAAAAGUAUCCAAAUGUCUUUGAGAUAACAAAAAAAAAAAAUCACUGAAACAAUAUUGCACAGUGUACUUAUUCUAUAGCCAAAACAGGGCCCCACUAGCCUGUCUGCACCAUUUUCUUUUGGAUACAAUGGUGAGUGGUUUUUCUUUGUCUAUCCCUAGAUUCUAGAACUAUAGGAUUGUUAAUAAACCAACCAGAAAGAAAUUUUCUGCAGGGUCACUUUUAAAACUAUUAGUUUCAAUUGCCAUUUGCAAAACACUCAGUCAUCAUCAUCCUCUACCCACAGAAUAUUGACUCUCCCACUCCUCCCCUCUCCCCAGAAGUCUGGAAGUAUAUGAGGCAGUGAGGAAGGAAGAGAUGCAAACAUGGAAAGGAAGUGAUGGGAGGGUGUUUUGUUUCGUUUUGUUUUGUUUUUUCAUUUACCCGAGCAAAGCAGUGGUUGUGGAAGGAGAGAUCUUUAAUCGUUGUGAAAUGCUUGGAGAUCAUUAGUCAAAUUGCAUUUUCUAUACAGAAAAUAUUAUGCUAACUGAGAAGGUGGGAGAAAGAGGGAAUGUGCACCUUUAUUCUAACCCACCCAUUCAAAACCUCCCUCUCCACUUAAGGAGUUUUUAGACUUAAGUUCACUGUGCUAUCCCAGUGCCUGGAAGAGUGCUUAGCACAAAGUAGACAUUCAAUAAAUAUUUGUUGGAUAAAUGAAUCUUACAUUAAAGAAAUCUACAAUGCAUGCACCAGUCAAAAAUUUGCCCUAGGAAUGGUCAGCACAGCACAGUGAGCUCCAGAUUUACCAGGGAAAUGAAUUGCAAAGUCUGUAACCAACUCCCUGUGCCCAAGUCUCUGGGGUUCUCUGAGCCAGGCACCCUCAGGUGGCAUCUUACUCAAGUGAACAAAUAGUAAUUGCUUAGAAAGGCUUAAAAUGUUCCCCACUUCAAGGCAAGGAUUUCCAGGAUAAAAAUAAAUGCAUUCACUCAAAAAAUCACUUGUGUGUCUACUCUGUAUAAGAUGCUACACUACAGUCUGUGGGCCAUAGGCAGAUUAAGACACAGUCCCUGCCUGCAGGGAGCUUACA